UUCGUGUCCAUUAUCAACCAGUUGCUCCGACGUGCCAGGUGUGUUCCUCUCUCUGUCUCCGCCAUUCUCUCCCGCACCGAUUCACGUCGCCCCUCCCUUUCUCCCCUCUUCGUUUUUUUUUUUAAAUUCAAAGUGCCUUCAACUGGUCCCCUAUAAUCUCGAAAUUAUUCGUUCAUUUUUAUCUUCUUCCUGUUUGUUUUUUUGAACAAGUGUUGCCCGUGAAAUAAUAUCGUCCAAGUGAAACGCAAAAUUCUGAUCGUGCUCUUGUUUGUGUUGGGAAUUUUUUUUGUUUUUCAUUUCCUCAGUUUGAAGACUACACUUUUCGGGGGCCGCCUUCUACAAUGAAACAGAAUACGAGAAUGACGUCAUCGAGAAGUAGUAGGCGAAUGGCAAUAGUCGCCUUGGUUUGCUGCUUUUUAGCCGGUUUGGUUGCAUCGAUGCCGGCCGGCGAAACCAACAGCCAGACCAUGUCGAGCAGCUCGUCCGUUUCGGCUUCAUUUUCGUCUUCAUCUGUCCAGCAAUCCGCAUCGGCUUCCGUAUCAUCUUCGGCAGACAAGAAACAGUUGCUCAAAACAACGACGACAUCUACCACGACGACGACGACAGACGCCGCUCCUAUCGUUGUUCCAUUAGACGAUAAAGAACAAGCACAACCCGAUUAUCAAGAGCCACAACCUCAACCCGAACCUGAGCCUAAACCUGAACCUGAGCCCGAGCCUAAACCGGAGCCCAAACCGGAGCCCCAACCUGAGCCCCAACCCGAGCCCCAACCCGAGCCCCAACCCGAGUCCCAACCCGAGCCUCAGCCUGAACCCCAACCUGAGCCCCAACCCGAACCACAACCCGAACCACAACCUGAACCCGAACCUGAACCUGAAUCCAAACCUGAGCCUAUGCCAGAACCACAACCUGAACCUAAACCCGAACCACAACCUGAGCCUAAACCCGAACCGAAACCUGUCGAACCUGUUGAUUCUGAUGUCACUGAUCUGCAGGAUCUUCAGAAACCCAAUCGCAAUGAGGAUUCCGUGCUGAAACCCGUUGAGGAAACCAAGGCCAACGUUGAAGAGGAAUCGAAUGUCAAUAGUAUCCAGCAGCAGCAAUCAAUUCGACCAGCUGAAAAUCGAGAAGGCGAUGAGCUAGUGGAGCUGACCUACAUGUCCAAGGACGCUCUCGUGCACGAUUCGAUCGACGAAUUGUCUAACGAAGACAGCAACGAAGAAGAAGAAGAGAGAAGCCAAAUUGUGGGACUGGUGGGAUUGGCCGGCUAUGCGUAUCAGCAAGAUCAGGCGAUGGCUCAAGAUCAGGCCGACUGGAAUGAGAUGAUGGGAGACGGGCCAGCCGUGGACUCUGCUGUUGAAGACGACGACGAUGAUGAUGAAGACGAUGAGGAUGAAGCCAAUCAUCAGCUCGAUACGGCGGCUGCCAACAAGUCGGUCAAACACGUCAAGAUCGAAAAAGACGAUCACCACAAGAGCGGUGGUCACAUGGCUGAGCAAAACACGGCUGAUGAUGUGAAAGAUGACGACGAUGAAGACGAGGAAGACGACGAUGAUGAAGAUGAACAUCACCACCACAAACAAGUUGAUGCUGUUGGGGUGGUGGAGGACACCACGUACGAAAUGGAAGACGAUGAUGACGAUCAUGGAUCAUCUAGCCCUCAUCCAACUUCCAUGACGCAUCACAAUGACGACGAUGAUGACGAUGACGAUGAUGACGAUGAAACGACGGAAGAUCCUUCUGCAAGUGGAUCGACGAUGGUGGCCUCAAUGAUGGCACUGAUCCUGUCUGUCGUCGUCGCCAGAUUGCUGGCUUAAAUCGAAUGUCAUCAAGCAAAUCUACCAAACAUCGUGCAAUACAAAUAUUUUCUAGAUAUUAUUAAAAAAAGCCCUCCCGUUUGUCUCCCCGGAAUUUAUUUUAAUUUUAAUUUUAAAGCAAAGACAACCCCGAGUCUCAAUCAAAUUCUCCCUGACUCUUUUUUAUUAUGUUAUUCGAUUUUUAACCUCCUUAUUUACUCUAACUCGCUGUAACGUCCUUUUACGUAUGUCACGAGACACCAAACAUAAAACUGUUUCUUUUACUUAUCCAAUCAUUUUAAAAGAAUGUAUCAGAUCCUGAUAAUUUUUAAAAAUGAUAAUUGACUUGUUUGCAUAACCCAAAGCAAAAUUUCAUCUUUUCCCCAGUGUCUGCAGUGAAAAUCAUUUUUUUUUUGUUCCAAGUCCUAAAAAAUUUUAUGCUUUUGUUCCCUUCCCGGUUUGUCUUUAAAAAAAAAAGAACUGUGGGCCAUUUCAAUGGAGAUGAAUAAGAAAAAACAUUCAUGUCGAGUUGGAUACUUGAAAACAGGAAAAGAAAAGAGGUAACACCCACUAUCAACCGCGAAGAAAGGAUCCUUGAUGUAGACCCUGUACAGAUACGCAGACGGAUAUCGGCCAUUCAAAUUCGAAUUUUUGUUAAAAAGAAUUCAAUUGUUAAACCCCGCCUCUCCCUCGAAUGGCGAUUUCGAAUGCGGCUGCAUCUCUCCUUUACUUUUUUUAUGAGACAAAUAAAAAAAUCCAUGUACAAUAACAAUAACAUCUAUAUGGGUAUCGAGUAAUAAAUUCUUUUAGAUGAGUACCCCUCCUCAAACAA